ACCUGAGGAAGGACUACGAAUCCCAGCAAGCAGUUCGCAACGCAAGGGCGAAGGAGGAGGAGCCCUUGGCCGUCGGGCCCGGCCGAGCCAGGCAGGGGCAGCACCUGGCACGGCGCCAUGGGGAAGCGCUACUUCUGUGACUACUGCGACCGCUCCUUCCAGGACAACCUCCACAACCGCAAGAAGCACCUGAACGGGCUGCAGCACCUCAAGGCCAAGAAGGCCUGGUACGACAUGUUCCGAGAUGCAGCUGCCAUCUUGCUGGAUGAACAGAACAAGCGGCCCUGCAGGAAGUUUCUGCUGACAGGCCAGUGUGACUUUGGCCCCAACUGCAGAUUUUCCCACAUGUCCGAGCGAGACCUGCAGGAGCUGAGUAUCCAGGUGGAGGAGGAGCGGCGGGCCAGGGAGUGGCCUCUGGACAUCACGGACCUCCCCGAGGGCCGCCUGGAGGACUGGCUGGAGAAGAGAGCCAAGCGGCUGAGCUCGGCCCCGAGCAGCAGGGCUGAACCCACCAGAGCCACCGUCUUCCAGUACCCAGUCGGCUGGCCACCGGUCCAGGAGCUGCCUCCAUCUCUGCGGGCACCCCCGCCCGGGGGGUGGCCCCUGCAGCCCCGCGUCCAGUGGGGCUAGUCCCUCAUGCACCCUGACCCCUCCGGGUCAGCUCCCACGGCAGUCACAGUAAAAACAAGGGCUCCGGCUGGGGACGCUGAGGUCCCUCCUGCCGUGCCCACGGAGCCUCUGCAGCCAUUGGCUUGGCCUGGCCAGUCAGCGCCACCCUCCCUCCCUCAUGGGACAUGUUGACAAGACGGGUGAGGAAACUUCCUGCUGGAUGUUUAUAAACAAAGUGUCACUAUGGCGA